UUGUCCUGUUUCCUCCCCUCCCCUCUUUCUUUGGGGGCCGUUGUUGGGGCCAUGCCACACAGCGCCUUCUGUCUUUCAGCACCCAACAAGUCCCCUGUAGGCUGCCUAUCCUUGCUGGAUGCAGCGCACCACCGCACCGCACUGCCAGGCCUGGCUUGGCGCAUGGCGUUUUUGGGGGGUUGGCCGUCUUGUCACGUUGACUGACUCCUCGCCCUUUGCCGGUUCAGCUGUUGAUGCGAUAAUGAAAUAAAUACAAUAAAGCACGGCUGUCUGCUUCUUUACCCACUCUCUUGUUUCCUCUUCCUCCCUCUUUACCGCCAAUCCACGCUUUGUCUCCAAACAAACCAACAUCGCUUAACGCAGCGGUGACACCACACUGCACGGCUGCUUGCUCCGCCAUUCCCACUGACACUGUCACCGCACUCGUGCCAGCUGCCCAGCCGCCGCUACUGCCUAAGCCCCGCAUCCACUUUCACGCUCUGCCAGCUGCCCGCCAGGUGCCCUGCAAGGUUUCCCUCAAGGUUUCGACCUUGCCCACUGCGUCUUGACUUAAGCUUUCAACUCUUCCGAUUAAAUACUCGCGUUCCGUCUCUUCCAUUUUUUCUUGCGUCUUUGCACAAAUCACUUCAAAAAUUCGGCCUCGUUGUUGUUCGUCGUUUGUCGUCUCUCGUUAGCGUCUCUUAGACUUGCCGUUUUCCUGCUCUCUCGUCUUCAGAACCAAAGUUGGACACCAGCCCAAGCACACGCUCAAAAUGUCGUCUCAGUUCAUCAACAUCCCCAAAUCUCGCCCUUCUUCUUCCACGUCCUUUAGCAGCUCGCCAAAGACUGGUUCCUACAGCUCCUGGUCCAGUGCCUGCUCAACAACGUCCACCUCAUGUGCUUCGUCACCGUCAUCGGCGGCUAAGAGCCAGCGCCGACGACCCAGCCUACUUAGCACUUCGUUUACAAAGGAAGAAGCGACUGUUAUCAAUAUUGGCGAGCCCGAAGGACCGCCUAGACUAAUCUCGUACCUAUCCUCCAGCCAGGGCUUCGACUGGAACCCAGAAAUCUUUCUCCCUUCAUACCUUGACUGCGACUACACACCUCUAGAGAACCGCAGAGAGCCUGUCCAUGAAAUUCGACUCACCGACGAGGAAAUGCAGGAGAUGCUGCCUCACUAAAACUUGGCACUGCUGCGGUUCCGGGACCACCGACCCUUGGACAUGACCAACUCGCACCGAGGCACAUGGCACGCCUUGCAUAAUUCAUGGACAGACCAUGGACAUCUGGGCGUAACUGCAACCUGGCCAAGCGCAUGGUUUGGUCUUCCAACUCAAGGUUUCAAAUAUGCAACACCAAUACCUUGUCGCCUUUACAUCCAUUAAGACACUGGCAUUGUCUUUUUUCAGGCGUCAUUUUUUUUUUUCGUCGCUGUCCCGGUUCGCAAGGGACUACCCAGCGACUUGUCACAUUAUUAUUUAUUUUUCCUUACUUCAUGGGCUGGACUACCAUUGGCGCUGCUUUGGCCACAUGGUGACCCAGACCACGCAUUUUUGGCCACACCACGGUCUUAUGGACCGCGGCUAAGCCCCUAGACGAUUGAUACGACUUUUACGGUGGAGUUUAUUGGGGGUUUCUUUGAAAGGACCAGUGUAAACAUUUUUCGCCCGGCCUUGAUUUUUCUAUUUUCUAGGCACGGGUUGGCUUUACUUGUUGAUAUUGUUUGUUUGUUUUUUCGGUUUGGCUGGCACAAAUAUGGGCGGAGUUCUUAUGUCUUUGUGAGAUGUGUCUAUACUAUAAUACACUCCUCUUCCAAUCUU